AUGUCGUUGCACCGUGCUGAAGAAGAUGAGCUCUACGAGCAACUGUGGAAGGCUUGUGCAGGACCGCAUGUGGAUGUUCCUCGUGUAGGCCAAAGAGUCUUCUACUUCCCUCAGGGACACAUGGAACAGUUAGAAGUAUCAACAAAUCAGGAACUAAAUCAAAGGAUUCCACUGUUCAAACUUCCCUCCGAGAUCCUUUGUCGUGUCGUCAACGUCCAUUUACUGGCUGAACAAGAAACAGAUGAGGUUUAUGCGCAGAUUACUCUGGUGCCGGAAAAUAAUAAAACUGAGCCUACAUGCCCUGAUCCGUGCCGUUCUGAAGUUCCAAGGCCAAGAGUUCACUCCUUCUGCAAGGUCUUAACGGCCUCUGAUACAAGCACCCAUGGUGGCUUCUCUGUCCUCAGGAAGCAUGCCACCGAAUGUCUUCCAGCAUUGGACAUGUCUAAAUCAACCCCAACUCAGGAAUUGGUUGCCAAGGAUCUUCAUGGAUAUGAAUGGCGCUUUAAGCAUAUAUUUAGAGGUCAGCCACGUAGACACUUGCUCACAACUGGAUGGAGUACUUUUGUGACUUCCAAGAGAUUAGUUGCUGGAGACACCUUUGUGUUUCUAAGAGGGAACAAUGGAGAACUGCGAAUUGGAGUGAGGCGUCUUACUCCUGUUCAGAACAGCAUGCCAUCAUCUGUGAUUUCUAGUCAGAGCAUGCACCUAGGAAUUCUUGCAACUGCAUCUCAUGCUGUAGCAACUCAGACUCUUUUUGUGGUAUAUUAUAAGCCAAGGACAAGCCAGUUUAUUGUAAGUGUGGACAGGUAUUUAGAGGUUAUCAACCAAGAGUUUAAUAUUGGCAUGAGAUUGAAGACGAGGUUUGAAGGGGAUGAUUCUACCGAUUCAGAGAAAAGAUUUUCGGGUACAAUAAUUGGAGUAGAGGAUAUUUCCCCUCAUUGGGUAAAUUCAAAAUGGCGAUCACUUAAGGUUCAAUGGGACGAACCUCCAUCUUUUCCAAGGCCUGAUAGAGUUUCACCAUGGGAGAUAGAACCGAUUCUGGCUUCUGUUCCUACAACAAUAUCAUCUCAAUCUGUUCCAAUAAAGAAUAAAAGGCCUCGACAAGCAAGUGAUGUUCCAGAUCUUGGAGACACACCAUUAAUUGCCCCUACUUUCUGGGACGCUGGGCUGACCCAGUCUGACAUCACACAACUUAGUGUUAUGGCCGAAAGCAAAAGGAGUGAAAGCAGUACUCAUAUGUGGCAUCAUACUAACAAAAACAGCAGCAAUGUUAUAUCAAUGAAUCAGACAAGAGGAAGUUGGCUGUCUUCUCCUUCUCAAUUAUAUCAUGACACAACCGAUGAUAGCAAGAGCAUCUCAGUUUGGCCUAUUUCAAAAACUCACGCAGAAAGAUUGAACAAUGAUCAUUUCCUUGACCAGGUUGAGAAGGAGAGCAGUAAAGUAGAGCCUGCAACAGGCUGCAGAUUGUUUGGAAUUGACCUUAUUGAUCAUUCAAGGAACAACUCUCUUUCUGUAGAUAAUACCUCUGGAGUCACCACUGAGGGCAGAACUGAUGUAAACCAUGAAACUGAUAUCUCGAAGGCUUCUAAAGAAUGGACACAAGAACAGCUACAAGUAUCCCCAAAAGAGACUCAAAACAAGCAAGUUUGUAGCAGAAGUUGCACUAAGGUUCAAAUGCAGGGGGUUGCAGUGGGUCGUGCUGUGGACUUGACCACAUUGGUUGGGUAUGAUCAACUUGUAGAUGAAUUGGAGAAGAUGUUUGACAUAAAGGGACAGCUUCAACACAGGAACAAGUGGGAAAUUGUAUUCACUGAUGAUGAAGGGGAUAUGAUGCUUGUUGGUGAUGAUCCAUGGCCUGAAUUCUGUAACAUGGUGAGAAGAAUCUUCAUCUCGUCCACCCAGGACGUGCACAAACUGGGCUCAGGGAGCAAACUACCUAUGACUUCAAUGGAAGAUAUUGUGAUAAGCUCAGACAAAACUGAGACCUGA